AUGGAUACCUUUGAUUAUGUCGGUAUCACCACGGUCUUCGAGCCGCACUCGACGUGUUUUGCGCCUUCCAAUUUGUGGACCUCCACUAUGUUAUGCAGCGUGAACUUGAAGGGCGGUGGGUUUGCUGCGAGAGCGGCCGCCACAUUGAAUCUCAAUUCUUUCACUUGCCCCCUCACGAUACUGGGACCCCCGACGACCUCGGCUCUCGGCCAUAAGGACCGCUCCUGUUACCCUGGGAGUGAUGAUUUCGCCGACAAUACGGCAUGGACCGACUGUCCUAUAAGCAUGACAGCAGCGGUCGAGAGAACUCAUGACUGGGGCAAUGGAGUUACCUCUAUGGAGACAUGGUGUUGUCCUUCAGCAUAUGAAUUCACGUCUACAAAUGAACCGAUUCCACUCACUGUCGGGUAUUCAACUUAUUCCGUGGAGCUGUACGCCGGGUUUCUCUGCCGUGCCUCUGCAGUCCAAGAACUUUCCGGGCAGACCGUGACUCUCACGGUCUCGACAGAACCUCUCAUCACCACUGAAGCGGAAUACGACGGGGGCAUAAUCUUCGCAAACGCUGUCGGUCUUGGAAGAUUUGUCUAUGAAGCCUCGGGAACAACAUCUGAAUGUUACGGGAAUUGUCCGGGCCCGCUUUCCAACCCUCUUGCAGCUCCGACUCCUACUCCAACCCCAGCGCCGACGGGUUCGUAUGUACCGCCUCCCUCGCAUCCAACCACCCAGUUCAGCCCUGCUCCGUCAUGCCUGAGUGACUCCAAUUUGUGGCUCGUCUCGACAAGCUGCCAACUUCUGCAGGGCCGUGAAAUCUUGAAACCUUCUUGGCUCGAAUGUGCCAUCGCCGAACUUGGAGAGCCGGACGUAUACAACAAGGAAUGCUACAGACGUGGCUCAGCCACCGCCGGCGACGAUGGGACGACCUCUUUCUAUGCGGGUUGUCCAGCAGGCUACACAACUGCCUCGGAAUCCACGCGUCGUCCGUUCGACAGGAGGCAACGCGGAGAUACGCCAGGGGAGACAAUAUCAUACGACGUGGUCGCAAGCGUCGUGCUGUGCUGCCCCGAUGGUGACUACAGCUUCCAGUACAGCGACGUCCUGACUACCACGACCACGCAUGACGGUCAGAGGCUCGUGGAUAUGUACCCCAUGCCUCUGUGCGUCGCCACAAGCGUGCAGACACUCUCCGGCAGGGACGUCGAGUUGACUCUGACGGAGAAUGACCGGGCCUUGGGCAAGAAGAAGAGACAGGAAGAUACGGCAGGCCCCGCAGUGACUACUCGGCCAUGGGACUACGAGAGCGGUCUGCUAUUUGCGGAGGUGGCACAAGCCUCGCUCACGGUCUUCCAUGGUACAUAUUCGUGUCUGGAAGCCUGCGACGACUACUUCACCUACUCUUACAACAACACGGAUCCGAACUAUACCCCAACAAGUACAGCGCUCGAUGUCCCGACCAGUACAGCGCCCAAGUCCUAG